UUCUCAAAUUUAUUUAUCUAUGACGAUGACUACUGGAUGGCCGGUCAAUGUUAGCAGUAGCAAUUCAUUUACAAAUAAUGGACCUCAAUAUCCAACAAGGAAUUAUAGCAAUCUAAAUAGAACUAUUAAUUUGUAUCCAUUAACAAAUUACACUUUUGGUACAAAAGAUGCCCAAUCAGAAAAAGAUCAUUCUGUUCAAGCUCGUUUUCAAAGAAUGCGUGAAGAAUACGAUAAAGUUGGUAUGAGACGUUCUGUUGAAGCUGUUUUGUUAGUUCACGAACAUUCUUUGCCUCAUGUUUUGCUUUUACAAAUUGGCUCUACUUUUUUCAAAUUGCCUGGCGGUGAAUUAGGUGCAACUGAAAAUGAAGUGGAUGGAUUGAAGAGAAUUCUGAGUGAUACUCUUGGAAAAGAAGAUACUCCAAAAAGUCAAUGGAUUGUUGAAGAUACAAUAGCUAAUUGGUGGCGUCCAAAUUUUGAUCCACCUCGAGAACAAACAAAACUUUUUUUGGUUCAACUUCCGGAUAAAGCAUAUUUUGCUGUACCAAAAAACUUCAAAUUGGUGGCUGCUCCACUCUUCGAAUUGUUUGAUAAUUCAAAUGGAUAUGGGCCUUUAAUUGCGAGUCUUCCACAAAAUCUGAGCCGUUUCAAUUUUCUCUACAAUCCUCCAUAA